CUUUGGCUCCAGACAAGAAUUCCUGCUCCUGUCCCACUGGUCUUCCAGCUCCUGCCUUUUCUCCAGAGCAGUCAGAGAAUUGUGCUUCAGCCUGUUUCUUCUGUCCCCUUUGCAUUUUUUUUACCAGAAAGGUUGACCAGAGCCAGGGAUGAUUGGGAAGAGUCACUCGCCCAAGGACCAGUUGGACCUCUUCUUCUGUAAGUGUUACAGCUCAUGGACUGGCUGAGGCUGAGACCCCGAGGUGGACCAAGGGAGUGGGGGGAAUGGCUAAUAUAAGGUGGAUAACCAGCAAGUGUCUCCUCUCUCUGGGGCAUGAGGACUUGGGCUAGGUGAUAUUUGAAAUACAGUACAGCUCUUAGGGUAUAGGGGAAGGCUGCGGGGACGUUGGAGACUGUGGGAAGGGGCAGACAGCCACUCUAGGCCCACCUCUGCCUCCAACCACCUUAACUCUACCAGCAGGAGGAAUGGCAGUAGCUGUGGCCCGGCUUGUGUUUCUCCAGCUUGCUUUCGGGCCAGCUCUGGUUGUGGACAUCGAGAUGCAGAUUGCCAUCAAGGACUUCCACAUGCUACACGUCGAUUAUCCCAGGGUGCACUACCCAAAGGGUUUCCAGGGCUACUGUAAUGGUCUCAUGGCCUAUGUACGGGGCAGAAAGCAGAAGAGCUGGGAUUGCCCGCAAAUCCAUUAUAUGGUGCAUGCCCCCUGGAGAGAAGUCCAGAAAUUCUGCAAGUACAGUGAGAGUUUCUGUGAGAAUUACAACGAAUACUGUACAUUCACAGAGGACUCCUUCCCCAUCACGAUCUGUUCUCUGGCCCCUAAUCAGCUGCCCACCAGCUGCCACUACAACAGCACCCUAACCAACCAAAGGCUCUACCUGCUCUGUUCCGGAAAGCGUGAUGCGGAACCGAUAGGUAUCAUUGGUGUCUACUAGGAAAGGGAAGCUUUCGAUUUGAACUACCCCCUACUGCCACCAUACACCAGCCUGUUCCCAUUCCCAAACCUCUGAUUUCUGAUACAAGGCUUCCUCCCUGACUUCAAAGGCAGGCAGAGCCCCCUCCCAAGAGACCAGGGAAGUAGGACAAAUGUCCAGAGCUUCAGUCACCAUGCAAAUUCAUACUGCCUUGUAGACCCUUUCCAACUUGUUUACCUCCUCUCUUCCCCUGUCAUCUUCCUUCUCCCACAGACGGCCUUACCCACCCAAGAAGCUGACUGUGUCCAGUUGGCAGUGACUGUCCUUCCACUGGGCCAGAUCCUGAAUCCUGGAUGGAGGCCCAGAGCCUCAGCUCACACCAUGACAACAGGCACCCAGCUCCAUGUCUCAACUCCCCAUCCCCACUACCCUUCUCUCCUCAGCUGUCCCCAUCUCCCUUAUGAUUCUCUCCACUCACUCACCUACAUGGUAGGUACCUCUAGCUAGAGGUCCUCCCCAAGACCCUUAGAGUCUUUCUAGCCUCACUUGUCCAGAAUGCCCCUCAGUCCCCAGUCUGUUCCUCUCUACGAAAUCAUUGCUCUUCUCUCCAUGUAACCUCUUCUUUCUUCUCUCCUUCUACCACAGAGCCCAGGGUAGUUUCUCCCCUACACUCCCCUCCUUUAGUCUCCCUGUAUUCCUCUCUCUGACUUCUUUUCCUUCCAUUCUUCUCACUGUGGCUCACUGGAGUUUCAAAUGAUCUUCUCUGACCUGUUACCCCCAAGAUGACUGCAUCCCUUUCCUUCCCAAAGCUCUUCCUGACAACCCGCCCCCCCUCCGGUUACAGGAUCUGCCACUGACA